AUGGUCAUCCGUCUCGGCAGAGCCCGCCUUCAGUCGCUCUACAGCGACCUCGCUUCCUUCCCGUCUCACCAACGCUCCGUUCGCCGCCUAUCCCAUGAUAGCCGCGGGGAUCUUGCCUGGUGGAGGGACACUCUCCCGUUAUUCAACGGCAUCCAUUUCUUCAACAAGAGCCGCCCCCCAGUUGCCCUCUACACAGACGCGUGCGACUUAGGUCUGGGCCUCUUCUUCUUCUAUGCGUCCUCCUGGGACUCCGCUAGGGACUGGAUGUCUGCAGCGCCUCACCUGCCUUCCACCCAUGCGGCAAUUGUGGACGCCUCCUCCGCCUGCAGCGACGUGGCCCACAUUAACAUCAAGGAGGUCUCCGCAAUCCUGCAGGCCUUCCUUCUACAUAGCCCCCAUUGGGCUCAUCAUCGUGUCCUCGCUUUCACAGACAGCGCCGUCGCAUUUCAUGGCCUGUCUAAGCAGGCACUCCGGGGGCCGGCCCAUCGCCAACUGCUCAAGCUUCUCAGCGUAGCAGCCGCCCUUGACAUCGAAGUCCAGCCACACUGGCUACCUUCAUCAGAGAACCUGCUUGCUGACGCACUAUCCCGUUCCGAUUAUAAGACCAUCGCUGACAUUUGCCCACAGUGGACGAGCUCCUUUCCCUUGCUCCGCCCGCCUGGUUCUGCCGACAGCCAAUCUUCGUGA